CGGAAAUAAUAGGGUAUCAUUAACAUUCUUCCAGAUACAACAGGUAAAAUAUUGCAAGUAGUAAAAAAUGAGGGACUUUGUAGCAAAGAGAAAAGGUUCUGGAACACUCUAUAGGACUCUCCAGAGGCAUAAAGGUAAAAUGGAAGCUCUUCCAUAAUCCCAGCUUCAUUUCUGUAGCUGCAUACCAGUCUUCAUUCACCGAGUUAACUGAGCCCAGGCAAAGCGAAUCGCUAUGGCCAUAAUUUCAGAUUAUCAGGAGGACGAGAACGAGACGAAGCCGAGAUCGAAUUCAAAUCCGUCAUCGUCUUCUUCAUCUAAAACGCUGUCGUUUAACGCGACGUUCGAUCCAAGGAAUCCUAUAGGGAUUGUGGAGAGGCUGUUCGAUUUUCUGGUGAAGGAGACCGACUUUAUGGCUGAAGACACUGUGGAGAAGCAAAUCGCGGCUGUGGUGAAGGCGGCCAAGGAUAAGGCUAAGAAGAAGAUGGCCGGGGAAAGAGAAAGGGAAGCUGCUUUGGAAGGGAAUGAGAGCAAGAGGCUGAAGGAGGAGAAGAAGCCUGAUGUUAAGGAGGAGAAGAAGGUUGAGGUCAAAAUGGAGAUAAAGGCCAAGGCCAAGGAGGUGCCAAUGGAGAUCGAGAAGGAGGAGGAGAGUGGCGCCAGAGGGGCUGUUCCAAACAAAGGUAAUGGCCUCGAUCUGGAGAAAUAUUCUUGGACACAGACCCUACAAGAGGUUAAUGUACUUGUUCCAGUCCCUGUUGGUACAAAAUCAAGGUUUGUUGUAUGUGACAUAAAGAAAAACCAUCUGAAAGUUGGACUGAAGGGUCAGCCUCCUAUAAUUGAGGGAGAACUUUAUAAGCCUAUCAAGGUUGAUGAUUGCUAUUGGAGCAUUGAGGACCAAAAUACCAUCUCAAUUCUUUUGACCAAGCAUGACCAAAUGGAAUGGUGGAAAUGCUUGGUGAAGGGAGAUCCUGAAAUUGAUACGCAGAAAGUUGAACCUGAAAACAGCAAACUAUCUGAUCUGGAUCCUGAAACACGGCAGACUGUUGAAAAGAUGAUGUUUGAUCAGAGACAGAAAUCUAUGGGUCUCCCAACCAGUGAUGAGAUGCAGAAGCAGGAGAUUCUUAAAAAGUUCAUGGCUCAGCAUCCGGAGAUGGAUUUCUCAAGGGCCAAGAUAUCGUAAAUGGGAACUUUAUGCCUAGAAGAUGGAUAGGCGUUUCCGAUAAUUUUGUGAAAAUUCCUUUUUGUUGGGCUUGGAAUGGUUCCGGGAUUGGAGUAGUUGAACUCUGUUGAUAGUCUUGUAGUUGCAAAUUUUUAAAUAGACAUGCACUUUACUGUCCCAAAUUUAGUUAAAUAUAGGUUCUUUUGUGGUGCCAA